CACUAAUACAUGUAUUUUUACCUUCAAAUUUCACCAUCUUCGUCUUUUGGUUCUGCUUUUGGAUCUGCAACUUCAACUUCAGUGGAGAGACACAGCGAGAGAUCAUAAGAUAUCUGUAAUUCCAGUGUUUCCCUUGCUCCAUCUCCAGCUUCAAGAAAAGAGAUAGUAAGGGGAUAUCAUUUGUUGAAAUGACAGAGGUGGUUAUCACGAUUGCUACCAAAAUCUCAGAAUAUUUGGUGGGUCCUGCUAUACGUCAUGGAUAUUACUUGUUUUGUGUUGGCAAACUCACUAGAAAGCUUGAGGAGGAGAAGAAGAAGCUGAUAUCAAGAAAAGAUGAUGUGUCUCAAUAGGUUGAGGAAGCAAAGAAGAAAACUGAGAGGAUUAAACCAGUAGUGGAGAAGUGGUUGCAAGAAGUACAAAGCCAGCUACAGGAUGUGGAAAAUGAUAUAGAGAUAUUAGAGAGAGCCAAUGGUUGCUUUUAUGACUUUUGUCAUAUUAGAAAAAGAUAUGGUUUGUGCAAACAAUUAGCGAAGAAGAUAGAGAGAAUGAUUGAGCUCGACAAGAACAGCAAAUUUGACAUAUUUUCUCGUCUUGCUUCACUUCCAACAAAUAUUACCUCUUCAACAAAUAUUAUGUUGUUUGAAUCCACUCAAUUGGCUCUCAAUCAACUUCUGGAGGUGAUGAAAGAUGAUGAUUGCCACAUAAUAUGCUCAUAUGGAAUGGGAGGAUGUGGCAAAACAACGUUUGCAAGAGAAGUGGGCAAAAGAGCUAAAGAGUUGGAACUCUUUGAUAAAGUUGUAUUCACUGUUUUGUCUCAAGCCCUAAUUGUUAGAAAGGUGCAAGGUGAAAUUGCUGACGUAUUAGGUUUGAGUCCAUUACUUGAAGAAAGUGAGGCUGGAAGGGCAAAAAGAUUAUCAUUGGGAUUCCAAAAUGGGGGGAGAAUUCUUGUUAUCUUGGAUGAUGUUUGGGGAGUGUUGAAUCUUGAAGACUUUGGUAUCCUUUCAAAUGGCAACCUUAAAGGCUGUAAAAUCUUUUUAACUACACGUGUCCAGCAACUUUGUUCUAUGAUGAAUGGCCAGAGGAAUGUUCCACUACAUCUCUUAUCACCACAAGAAGCUUGGGCUUUCUUUGAAAAGAAAUCAUGCAUAGGUGAGGACUCUUCAUUAAAUAGUGUGGCACAAGAUGUUGUUGCUGAAUGCAAAGGACUACCCAUAGCAAUUCAAGCCGUGGCAACAACUUUGAAAGGAAAGCCUCUUGAUAGUUGGAAUGAUGCUUUAUAUAAACUAAGGCGCUUAAAACCUAUUGGAGUUCCUGCAGGUGUUAUAGAUGCUUUUAAAUGCACUCAAUUUAGUUAUGAUGCUUUGAUAAGUGAAGAAGCAAAGCGUCUCUUCUUAAUGUGCUGUAUUUUUCUAGAGGAUUAUGAGAUCAAAAGAGAAGACCUGUUCAUGUAUGGAGUGGGGUUGGGCUUGUUCAGGGAAGAAGAUGAUUCAUUUGAUGAUUUAAGGAGUAGAGUAAAUGCAACUUUAUAUCAUCUCAUUGAUUAUUCUUUGUUGAUAAAUUAUGAGAUGAGAGAUGAUUGUUUCAAAAUCCAUGAUGUUGUGCAUGAUUUUGCUAAAUAGAAGGCAUCCCAAGAGGAUUGGGUUGUCAUUGUUGAUCAUGAGAAAGGGAUAAAUUCCUUGGUAUUGGAUGGGACAGGUAAAAAUUCUUUCGCAAUAUCUACAUGGUCCAUUAGAGAGGAUCAAUUUCUCCAACAAUUAAAUUUUCCAAAGCUUGAGAUUCUAUUGCUCAAUUCAACUAAUUCCUUGAAUUUGUCUCAAGCAUCAUUUGAAGGCAUUAAAGGACUCAAAGUUAUGGCUUUGGUUAAUGAAGAGUACUAUUUUCCAUUGAAGCCUUUAUCACUACCACUAUCAACUAAUUGGUUGACUAAUCUUCAAACUCUACGUUUGGUGUGGUAUGAUUUAAGUGAUAUCUCAUUUGUCAUUUAUUUAAAAAGACUUGAGAUUCUUGAUUUGCAUGGGAGUAAGUUCAAGUCAUUUCCAAAAGGAAUAGAAGAAUUGAAAAAAUUGAAGAUUCUUGAUAUGAGACGUUGCUCAAUUAGUGAAAAUUUUGAUGAAGGAAUUGAAAGGUGUUUGCAACUUGAAGAAUUGUAUGUGUGUGGAAAUGAAGCAUUUGUUGGAAAAAAUAUUGAUUCUCAUGUGCCCCUUUUGGAGGGUGAUCUUUUUCAAAAAUUGCAUAGGUAUGAAUUACAAAUGUGGAAUAUGGAAAAUGAUUCCAAUUUUCGGGAUAAAAGAUACCGGUCAUGUCUAUACUUUAGAAAGUUAUAUAUCUCCAACAUCAGUAUAUGUGUCAAGAAUUUAAUAGCGAAAGCAGAAUGCAUUCAUUUAAAGAAUCUUCAUGGAGGAUGUAAAAGUAUCUUCCCAGAAUUGGUUGGAGCUGUGGGAAGCAUGAAUAAUUUGAUUGAAUUUUCUCUUCUUCAUUGUCAUGAGAUUGAAUUCUUCAUUGCAAAAGUUUCUUGCUUUCAUGUUGACAAGGUGUGUAAUUUGCGGAAUCUGCGACAACUUCUCAUUAGGGGAUGUCCAAUGUUGACAUCACUCUUACCAUUGACAGUUGCUCAAUCUCUAUCACAAUUGGAAGCCAUAACAAUAAAAGGUUGUUCCAAUUUGAGGUAUAUAAUAAUGAAAGGUGAACAUAAUGCCACGGAUGGAAGGCAAGAAGUAUUUCAAGGAUCAAAAAGUUCUAAUUUCAUAUUUCCCAAAUUGAAGAGCUUGAUUGUACAAAAUUGUGACAAACUGGAAUACGUACUUCCAAUUUAUUGUGCUCAAAACCUCUCACAACUGCAUAAGAUAAGGAUUGAAAAUAUCUCUCAUAUGAAGUAUGUGUUUGGCAAACAUGCAAAUGAGGAUCUUUCAACCAAUAAGCAGAAUGAGAUACAGAUCA